AUGCAGGUCCUUUCUACGGCUCAACCUUCUCUUGGAGGACAACUACCGGAGCUGGGUAUUUUGGAGGCAAUUUUCUAUCGUCCACAACCUCCUCCUGUAAUUCGCCCUCUGAAUUUGAUGAGGCGCAAAGCAAGCUCUAGAACAGGCUCCCGAGGAGGUUCGAGGAGCAAUUCUAUGACUUUUGGCCUAGCAGAGUCUUGCUCUUUAAUGGCAGACGAAGAAGAUGCGCUCGAUGAGGUGGAAGGUCCUAGGCUUGGUCAGGUGGCUGCGGCUGCUCCCACUAAAGCGAGCGCUCUAAGCACUGAGUUUCUAAUAGUCAAACCAGCAGCAAUUCCCGCUGAUGGAGCUGAGCACAAGGUUACCAUUGGGAUCGUUGACGUUGAACCUAUGCUAAUUCACGAAUGCGUUCCUUCUAAGAAUACAAACGCUUUUUUGACGGCUUCUGCAGUGAACAACUCGGAGCUUCCGUUUCUGCAGGGCGAUACUUCUGUUUAUCUCAACAACAACUUCGUAUGCAAAGGUUCUAUGAAAAACGUAUCGCCCAGCGAGAGAUUUUCUUGUUCGCUAGGAGUUGAUACUGCCUUACGUAUUGAGUAUAAACCGGUCAAGAAAUAUCAUGAGCAGGUAAGAAUGCUUGCAAUUUGCAUGAUUCUCUUUUUAAUUGUUCUUAUGGUACUUUUUAAUCUGUAAGC